CAGGAACUGAAGCAGCUUGAAGAGUUGCUUCGACUUCGACUUCGACUUCUCACGACACGGGAAUGCCAAGAGACAUGUUCGGGCCGCUCCGUAGCCUCCGUCCGCCGCAUCAAAAUUCUGUUGCGCGACGCGAUCUCUUCACCUUUUCUUCUUCGUGCGGCGCAUGAUCUAAUUCAGUUUCCCAAACGUUGCUCGUUCGUCUAUCCCCAUGAUAGAACGUGUGUCCGAUCGUGCACAGAGCAAAUUCAUUGCAAACUCGGCGCUUCAGCCAACUCCGACUCGACAGCCAUUUUCCAAGUGGUCCUGUUGGCGUGCUGGACGCUGAACAUCCUCUUUUUCUGUAUCUAUGCCCUGUUGCAGAACAGCUCGAAAGCUUUCUGACCCGCGGUAGUCGUCUUUCCCGGAAUUCUUGCCGUCUACCAUACUCGUGAAGACAGUUCGGACAAGCCUCUGAGAUCUGCACGCGUAAGACCUGAAGAAGAGAGCCAGUAUGUCGCGUCUCAAUGUCGUUGCGCUGAUCUCUGGCGGUAAGGACUCGUUCUUUUCUAUUCUGCACUGCCAAGCGAACGGCCACAAAGUCGUCGCUCUUGCCAACUUGCACCCCAAGUCUCGGGAUGAGGAGGACUUGGACAGCUUCAUGUAUCAGACGAUCGGUCACGCCAUAAUACCGCUGUACGAGCAAGCUCUCGGUCUGCCAUUAUAUCGUCAGGAAAUCUGCGGAACUGCCGCAGUGCAAGAUCGCGACUACCACCACAGCAGUGCCGAAGAUGAGACCGAAUCUUUGUUACCUCUACUGCGGAAAAUACUCGCCGCACAUCCCGAAGUCAAUGCGGUGAGCACCGGCGCCAUCAUGUCGGAUUAUCAGCGCACUCGAGUGGAGUCCGUUGCGCUCAGGCUUGGUCUCACGCCCCUUUCAUAUCUUUGGCAAUGGCCUACACUACCUCCGCAAACGCAAACGUCUCUGCUGGAAGACAUGGCAGCAGUUGGGCAAGACUCUCGGAUCAUCAAGGUGGCCUCUGGGGGACUCGACGAGAGCUUCUUGUGGCAAAACGUGGCAGACGCACGCACAAGACUUCGCCUAAGCAAAGCCGCUGAACGUUUUGGUACACCGGGUGAUGGAGCAGUCUUGGGAGAAGGUGGAGAAUUCGAGACUCUAGCCAUAUCGGGUCCAGCGCCGUUGUGGAAGGGCAGAAUAGUGGUCGCUCCCGAGAACAUCAGGAAUGUGCCUGGUGAAGCGGGCAGCGCUUCGGUCAGAUUGACAGAGGCUGCUGUCGUGCUGAACGCUGACCAAGAGAGUGAACCUUCGUCGAACACCUCUGUACGCAUGCCGGCUUUGCUUGAGGCCAGGUUUGAGUCCAUACUGCAGGCAGUUCGAAAUAGGCCCUCCUUCGAAGCCGAUGGCGGCACCCCCGUUUUCUGUCAGAUGUCAGCGUCUGGCGCAGCAUGGAACGGUGGACCCGAUCCUGACAUAGAAGUACUGGCCGACAUCACUGGCGAAGGCACCACUGCAGCGGCACAGACGAAAGCCAUCAUGGAUCAAGUGGUUGCUACACUGGCUCGAAAAAGCCUUACCAUCGCAGACAUCGCGAACGUAACGAUAGUGCUCCGGAACAUGGACGACUUCACUUCGGUCAAUCCAGUCUACGGCAGCUAUUUCAGCAAGCCUAACCCACCUGCGCGAGUUACGGUUGCCUGUGGAGAUGUGCUUCCUGAGAACGCACUACUCGCGAUAUCAGUAGUAGUGGAGUCUGGCAAAAGGGACGGCUUACAUGUACAAUCUCGCUCCUACUGGGCGCCUGCGAACAUUGGUCCAUACUCGCAGUCCAUCAAGCUAAGUGCACCAGGCCGACAGAAGACUUACAUUGCGGGACAGAUUCCGCUAAUCCCAGCAAGUAUGCAGUUACCUGAUCACUCAUCAGAGGGCGAAAGCCACGACUUCACCCUGCAAAGUGUAUUUGCUCUGCAACAUCUCGACCGGAUUGGAAGAAUUAUGCAAGUCGGGCAAUGGGCUUGUUGCAUCGCUUUCAUCGCCUCAGAUGGUAUUGAGCAGGCGGUGCUGACCACACGUGCUGACAUGGCUCGCAACACAUGGAAGGAAUAUCACACUCCACAAUCGUUACCUACGUCAGGUGGUGAGCCCGAAGAUGACGACGACUUUGAUGUCUGGGAUCAGCGACAUGGCUCACGUAGAGGCGGGUGGCAAACACACUCAUCAUCCUCGAGGCACGAGAAAGACAUUCGCGAUGAAUCCAGCAAGUGCGUGCCACCAUUGGCAGUCAUCGCGGCCAAUGCACUUCCUCGGGGCGCAGAUAUAGAGUGGGUUGGGUUCGGCGAUAGCACAACCACGAUAGAGAGUGCCACACCAGUGCACUUCGCCAGUGUGCUGAAAGCCUUCAAGCAUCGAAUCCUGCCGUUGGUAAGCGCUAGUGAUCCUCUCACUGUUAGCUGAUAUACAGGAUCCAAACGAAGAGAGACUCGCUUGCUCCGCAUUGGGCAAUGUGUUUUGUCAGGUCCAGAUGUGUAAUGGGCGAGCGUCGGCCGCCUUGUGCUGCCGAGAGCUGAGAAGGAUGUCCCCACCUCUCGACACUUCCCCGCUCUGGAAUCGCCAC